CGAGGCUUUCGUCAUGGUGAUCGUUGCCUAAAGUGGUAUGCUGAUAUAAUCAACUCCGUUCAGCCACGGAGCAAACUCAGAGUCUCAACCAUGGCAGACGUCCGUGCCCUACUGAAAGCCAAACGCCAAGAAGCAAGAGUAACUCAUCCACUAGCGUCCUAUACGACAACUGGACAAUUGCGAUGCUCUGUCUGCGGAACGAAUAUUAAGCAUGCAUCUGCUUGGGACGGUCAUCUCGGCAGCAAAGCACACCGUACCAACGUGUCUCGCGCUAAAGAAGAGGAAAGGGUUAGGGAACAGCAACAAGCUGCUCAGGGGGCUCAUGCUACUAAAAGAAAGGCAGUCGAAGAUGCACCUGGCGAAGAUGCAGUCAAGAAGCAGAAAAUAGAGCCUACUACCUCAACGCCUCGUUCUAACACGUUUCCGUUAGACUUCUUCUCUGACCCCUCAAAAGCAUUACCACCCCUCUCAGAUGAUUCGGAUGACGAAGAGCUCAACUUAUCUAUCGUUGCUCCUGCGCAGGAGUCUGGGUUACACACUGUUGCCGUGGCACAGCCAGAGCUUGACCAAGAGUGGAUCAAGUUCCAACAGAUCGUCAUUAAUGCGCCUGAUGCAAACGAGACAUAUGACCGGGCGACUGUAUUUGCGGAGCCGGAUCUCGUUCCUGACGUGGCAGAAGGUUUCCCUCCCCUGCAGGGUGAGAAGGAUGCUCCAGAAGUUGAGGCUAAACUAGACCCGGACGAGGAAAGGCGGAGGAAGGAUCAGGAUGAAAAGGAAAUGAUCAUGGACCGCUUAUUGGAUGAAGAGAGGGCGCAGGAAGAGGCGGAUAUGAAAGUCAGUGUACUGAAAAGCAGGUUGGAGGCAUUGAGGAUAAAACGAGAGGCUGCACGGACCAAACCAAAAAUUAUGGUGUAGUGUCAUAUACCGUGAUUUAAUUCUAUGGCGUAUAUUUUGGCGUCUCCCCAGUGCCAGUGCUCCAUCCGACCAUGGGCCUCGUCCAGACUCCACGCGCGCUUGUUCGCACAUUUAUUU